AUGUCGACUCAUUACCUUUGGAGAUCUAGACCACAAAAGGCUAUCCUGACACUCGCCCUCUCAGGAGUUGGGUCAUGGGCCGUCACCUCUUAUUUCACCAGGAAUGCUUUCGCCGAUGAUGGCGAACCAGCGACCGCCUUCCCAAGCAAACUUGGGACUUCCUUGCGCCUGGAAAGUUCAGAAAGUGUCAAUCACAACACCAAACGUCUACGCUUCGAAUUUCCAAAUCCAACUGCCCGUAGCGGGCUGACUUUGACAUCGACUGUCUUCAUAGCAGCCUGGCCGAAGGGUAGAUGGUUUCCUGUUAUCCGACCUUACACUCCUGUGAGUUCUCUAAAUCAGCGCGGGUCCAUUGACCUCAUGGUCAAGAAAUAUCCCAACGGCAAAGCAAGCACAUACCUCCACUCCCUGACACCAGGAGACUCUCUCUAUUUUCUCACACCAGUCUCACUUGGCUACCGAUGGACACCUAACCAAUACCCACACAUCAUCCUGAUCGCCGGAGGCGCUGGAAUUACACCCAUCUAUCAACUCGCCCAAGGGAUCCUCAACAAUCCGGAAGAUAAGACCACGAUUACCCUGGUGUUUGGCGUCAACAGCGACGCAGACGUUCUCCUGCGCAAGGAGUUCAAGGAUUUCGAGCAGCGUUUUUCGGGUCGAUUUAAGGCCGUCUACACAGUCAGUAAUCCUACGGACGGCUCGCCGUUCCAGAAAGGAUACGUCACGAAAGAGCUAUUAGAAGAAAUUGGAGUUAGAGGAGAGAAGAAAGAUACGAAAGUUUUUGUCUGUGGGCCGCCAGCAAUGGAGAAAGCUCUUGUUGGCGCGAGAAAGCAGGGUGGGGUUUUAGAGCAGCUUGGGUACAGGAAAGAUCAGAUUCAUGUCUUUUAG